CUGCUGCAAAGGAGCCGAACCGUCACACAAAAGCAAGAUGGAGGAUCUCACAGUCGAAGUAUGCGGCGAAAACGGAGCGUAUUAUAAGGCCUUUGUCACCGAUGUCUUUGACGACGAAGUUUUGGUAACUUUCGAGAAUGACUGGCAACCCGAAUCGAAAUUCCCAUUUGCUCAAGUCCGUCUACCUCCAAAAGAUGGUUCCAAAACAGAAUUUCAGGAGAAUCAAGAGAUCGAGGUAUUCUCCAGGUCUAACGAUCAAGAAGCAUGGGGCUGGUGGAAAGCACUUAUCAAGAUGAGCAAAGGAGGUUUUCAAGUAGUCGAAUAUUUGGGAUGGGAUUACACGUAUACCGAAAUAGUAGCUAGCGAGCGACUGAGAGCUAAAAAUCCAAAUCCCCCUAUUGAUAAACACACAUUUCACAAGAUCGAAAUUGAAGUACCUGAAGAACUCAGAGACUUUGCAAAGAUGGAUAAUGCACAUAAGGAAUUUCAAAAGGCGAUAGGGGCAGCAGUGUGCCGAUAUGUGCCUGAACGAGGAGUACUGCUGGCCAUCUCCCGUCAUGAAAAUAUACAUCGUCACAGUAGCAUGCUCCAAGAAAUGCACUUUAGAAACUUAUCGCAAAAAGUUUUGCUAUUGAAGAGGACGGAAGAAGCAGCACGUCAACUUGAAUCCACUAAACUUCAAACAAUAGGGGGCAAAUUUAGAUCUUCAAACUUUAUAUAUCAGCGUGUCUCAGACUUUGAGGCAGGAGUGAAAACAAAUUCAAGAUAUACCGACGAAUUUAAUGUUCGAGAAGAUCUUAUGGGACUAGCUAUUGGUGCUCAUGGUGCAAAUAUUCAACAAGCGCGAAAAGUUGAUGGCAUUACAAAUAUAGAAUUAGAAGAAAAUUCAUGCACAUUUAAGAUAUAUGGAGAGACGCAUGAAGCUGUUAAAAAGGCUCGAUCUAUGCUGGAAUAUAGCGAGGAAUCUAUACAAGUUCCACGAGUGUUGGUAGGAAAAGUAAUUGGGAAAAAUGGUCGCAUUAUCCAAGAAAUUGUCGACAAAAGUGGCGUAGUAAGUAUAUUUGUACCGUUAAUUAAUACAAUAUAAAACGAGUUCUAUACUUUUAUAGCUAUUACUUUCAGAAUUAACUCUCAGGUAGGGACUCCUUUCUCGAUUAACCUAGUGCCUAUAAGAAUAUGGUUGAUGAUGUUAUAUAAGUAUAUUAAUUUUCAUUUUCAGUUGAUACUGUAUGAUUUUGUUGAAACUAUCAAAUUUAAAAUAGUACACCUAGAUUACUUGUAAUACUUUACAGAUCAUCUACAUCUACCGAUACAUGUUUAUCUCUCAGGGUAUGUAACAAUCAUCCGAAAUUUCCAACACGCGUUUUAAGCAUAACAAUGAUUAUAGGCACUCUGUGCUGCAACAUGUACAGCACUCUCAGAUUGUUGACAACGAGUCAUACUUAUGAGCUCUAUAGUCAAAAUUAAUGUAGCAUUCAAUUGAAAAUGGAAGUUAUAACUUAUGAGGGAUUAGGUUAUAUAUGACGUAUACCUUGUCUGUUCUCGGUAGAUAACAACUGGCUCGAGUGGGAAUAUACAUAUUGAUAAAGUAAGUAUGUCAUUUCCUAUUGUUUGUGAUUUUAUU